CAGAAUCCCUUGUCCUCGGUCCUGCGUUCAGCCAAUCAGAUGUCCGCCCUGUGUCACACGCAAGCUGCUCCUGUCUCAGGUGAUCCGUAUUACAGAGUAAUAAUGAACAGGAAGAAGCUGGUGAGCGAAGCGGUCCUGAAAAAUGCCCUUGACAUAAUCUAUCUGAUGACUGGAGAUGAAUACGUUAUCGUGAAGAAGAAAUCUCUCCACAGCAACAUUCACCUUCUGGCUGGAGAGGUGCCUGUAAUAUGUGACGAUAUUGCAGUAUUCUUCUCUGUGGAAGAAUGGGAAUAUAUAGAAGGACACAUGGACAAUUAUAAGGAUGUGGUGACAAAGAGGCCAAAAACCCUUAGUCCUUUCGGCCAUUCAUUAAACAGAAACUCAGGUAAAGUACUAGCAGUGAUGCAGGAAGGAGAUUGGAUGAACAAAAAGGCUACCGAUCAAAUACACAGGAAGACAGAGAUGUUUAAAAUGCAGUCUUUUUCAAAAGGUGCAUACAGGGGCAAGAAAGGGGAAAAUGAAUCAUCCAUAAAGGAGUCUUCAUUUAGUGAAAUAAUUGAAAAUGAUAGCAGUGUAACUGAUUUGUUUAAAAAAGAACCUCGCGCACCAACUCGUCCAUCAGUGGAAGAUGAUACAAAUACGUUUCAAGGAGAACCUGAGACUGAAACAUGUUCAUUGGGUCCAGCAGUAGAAGGUGAAAACACUAGGAUUUGCCAAUUUAAAUGUGAACCUUCCUCUCCAGUCUGUUCAUCAGAUCCCCUGGUAGAAGACGGUUCAUACAGAUUUCAUGACCAAUAUGACAAAGAGGUUUCCAAAUCGGAGGAAUGUGAAUUUAACACAUUUAAAGGAAAUCAUCAAACACCGAAACACUCAUUAGAUUACUUGGUGGAAAAUAGUACAGAUAAGUUUCAUGAGUUUCAAGAAAAGCCUACCGUAGACACCUGCACACCUGUUCGCAUGUUGGAAGGUGAGCGUAGAGAGCAUGGCAAAUUCACAACAAAACAUUAUGCAGUGGCUUCUACAUUGGAUCAGGCUGCAGGCGGUGAUACUGUUAGACUUUUAGAACCUUGCUCAUCAGCUUCUCCAUCAGAUCAGAGACUGCAUGGUGAUAGUGGUGCACCUUGCAAUUCCAAAUUGGUCCCUUACACGUCGGCUUUUUCAUUGGCUCACCCUGUACAACGGACUAUUGGUUCAAGGUGCAAGUUGAAAGCAAAACCAUACGCGUCAACUUUUUCAUCAAAUAGGACAGUGCAUGGUGAUACUGCUGCACUCUGCAAACCCAAAUUAGUUUCUUACGCAUCAGCUUCUUCCUCAGAUUGGAAAAUGCAGCGUGAAACUCGAACACGUUCCAAGUUCAAAGUGGAACCUUACACAUUGACUUGUUCAUCACUGCGGACAGUACAAAAUGGUAACAGUGUACCAUUUGGAUUUAAAGAGCCAUCGUACACGGACUUAUGGCCCCAGCCAGUGGAAAAUGACAACUUUAUGUUUACUCAAUAUCACAAAGAAAACUCAAGUGUGUGCCCACCUAAUGAAUCAGUGUCAUACACAGUAGGAAGUCAGUUAUUAUCUUUGAGGUCAAAUCAGUCUGAACCUGAAAGCCUAAUAGAAAAUACCGAAUUUGCUCAUGACCACUGUUAUGCCAACUAUGAUACAAAAGAAAUAAAUGAGGAGGACAUGAUAAGCUCCGAUAGAGUGUUCAACCAAAUGAUGGUUUAUCCAGAUCAGCCAGCAACAGUUCAAAGAAGGACUCCGCAUGCUUGCUCUCUGUGCGGAAAACGGUUUACUUACAAAUCCAUACUUCUAAGGCAUCAGAGAACUCACACUGGGGAGAAAUCAUUUAUGUGCAAUGAAUGUGGCAAACUAUUUGCCUGCAAAUUUAACCUUGUUGUCCAUCAGAGGAAACACACAGGGGAGAAACCAUACCAGUGCAAGGUCUGUGGCCGAAACUUUGCCCAUAAAUCUGCUUUUAAUCAACAUAUGAAACGUCAUGUGAAAGAAAGCUCUAAAUUUCAUGGGAUGUGGAAUAUUUCCUAACUUAUAAUCACCUGGAAACCCAAACAGUAUAAAAGCAGAUUCAUUGUUCAGGUUCCAAUUUUGGGAUAUAAUUAAAAGUGCUGUUAUUAACACAAAGUGUUUGGUUGUAUGAAAUCCAGCAAAAUCACACAAAUUAUAUAUCAAGGCAGGGUUUGACAAACUCCAGGUGUUGGGUCAAUGCAUCCUACCGCUUAAGAUUUCAUCUGCCCCAACUGUCUGGAUUGUACAAUGUCACCCACCUCCAUUAUUUUAACCCAAAACAGCUGUUUGUGAAUGCUUGUGGGGAUACUUGAUGGAAAUCAAAAAACAACAUGUAGACAUGAAGUCCGUGAUGCCACGCAAUGAAACACAAUAAUUGCUGCAUGUCUGAGCCUUGCGUGCUUGUUUUAUAGCAGGUUAUACAGUAUUCACUGAAUGCAAUAUUUAAUAAAUU